AUGUCCAAGUGGUUGCUCUCCUCCAUUGCAUUCCUGUCGGUGCAAAUGCCUAUGGCGCACAGAUUCACUCAAAAUAUACAGCUUGCACUGGACAACAAUCACAUCACACGAGCCAGCGCGUGGUAUGACCACGGACGCGUAAAAUACGUCGAUGCAACGGAGGACGACCAGGAGAAGAUUAUGACGGGAGUCGGGUGCUACUGCAAGAAGGUGCAAUCCAGGGAGGACUGCCCGAGCAUCAAGGCCAAUCACGACGUCAGUGCUCCCAACCGCUACCGCUGGUAUCACCAAGAUGCUGAAGACGGGUUAUGUUGCAAGAUGGCUUGGACGUCACUCUUCACAUGGGUUGGCCUUCACUACAAGCGUCAGGAGAUUAUGGAUCCUUGUGUGUCCGAGGUCAGGCCAGCACCAAGCGCAGCCUGUUGCCAUCUCAAGAACAAGCAGGGCUCCGUUGGCCUCCGUGUGAAGCAGACUUAUUCAGAGGCCUGGGUGCAGGGGUCAUCGCGGAACUACGGAGCGACCGUCGAGCGGCGAUUCUGGAAAGUCCAGGCGCUUAACUUGGAAGAUGUCCUGGGAAGUACAGAUCACACCGGAGUGCCGAUUGAUGUGGAGGAUGUGCAGGGCUUCGUGGAAAACGGUCUAGACGCCGGUCGCUUCGAGCGAUUGGAGUGCGAAGAAACGGAACUGAUCAACGACUCAGGGGAUUGCCUCCUCCGUACGAAGGCCUCGUCGGAGUGCUGCUGCCACCAGGCAACCUUGACAGCAGCCGAGCGGUGCUUGCCUGUAGACGGCGCCCCCAGCAACACAGAGGACACGUACCUUGAAGGAACCUACAGCGAGGAGGGCUACAAUGGCCACAAGAAGGGAUCCAUUAGCUUCCCGCCAGGUCCGAACGCAAAGGAGCGCGAAAUUCUUCCAGAGAUUGUGCAUUCUGUUGAUCCCGAAAUGGUCGACGAUUUGACUACAGCUGCCAACGAGUCCGAAAUGGUUUUCCCUUGGGGGCAGAAUCCUCAGUGGACGGCGACCUGUUUGAUGAAGCAGAAAGUGGCUUACGUCAGAAGCCAGCGACACAGCAAGCGGGUGCGCAGCGGAACACAUUGCCACAGAGUGGGGAAAAGCACACAUUGCCGACCCAAAUAUCGCACCAAGCAUUGGACAACGUAUCAUCAAGAGUACUCCGACAAGUGCAUCAGGUACAAAUUCACCCGCACAUGCUCAGCCGGGCAUGCAUUCUACGAGAAGCAAUUUCCGCCGGGCGUUUGUGCCCGAGAACCUACGGACGAGAAUGAAGAUACAGUUCAGCUCCAAGAUCUUGGCAGUUUGAGCUUCAUGUGCCCUGAAGACUACAAAAGCGGCACACCAGGAGGAUAUCGUUUUACCGAGCUAUGCCAGUGUGCCGCCUCAUGCUAG